GAAACAGUUACCCCUUUGUUGUGCUCCAUCACUAAUAGACCAACCCAGAUUUUUUUUUAAAUCAUCGCUGUGAAAGUAUUGCGUCAGGAGGAUAACAAGCUUAGCGACGUGUUAGGCCUAAACAAUAUUCGUUAUUCUAUAUUUUAAAAAAGCUCCGGAUGAUGGAAAAAGUGAAUUCACCGAAAACUUCGAAAAGGAAGUUGAUGAACCUAUGCGGCGGAGGCAUUGUGGAUCUCCACGUCGAUUGCGGAUUCAACUACAAAUAUUUCCCGAUUGACAGCGUCUUGAGGUUUAACCUGGUGGAGGAUCUCGUUCUCUGGAGACAAGGAUAUAGUUCACACUUGGAAGAGAGCUUAUUGAAAGUUUUGAAGCCGGAGGAUAUGAUUCAUAUCGACACCAUGAUCACCAGCAUUUUGGUUUGUUUGUUUUCGAAAAGUUUCACGAUCCUGGAACACUUUCGCAAUUUCGAAGAAACGUUUGAAAAAUCCGCCAUCAUUUCGACGAUUUUAAGAACUGUAACGAGAAAACACGGCCCCUAUUUGGACGUCAUUUCGUGCACAGCGCUCAUGAAAAACUGGUUUUACCCUAAAAACAGUUACAUGUGA